ACAUACAAAUAAACACAACUUGUAGUAGUCGUAUUAUUUUAUACUAGGAAUAUUAUUAUAAGUUGGCAGAAGAAGGGGAUGCAUAUCUCACGCAACUGAACCGUAGCAUUAUCGUUAUCUCAUCCAUCUCUGCUUUUCUGCCACAAGUUUUCAGUUCGAAGUUUGUUCAGUUUCAGCUUUUAUUGAUUGCUAAGUUCCCUUCGUGGAUAGAUGAUUUUUAUCUGGAUUUUUGAAGUUUGAUUUCUCAACUCGAGCGGGUUUCAAUUCUUUUGAAUUGAGCAAUUUUUAGCAGAUUGUUUUCACUAGCUUAGGUAAGUUACUGCUGAUCGGUUGGUCAAACUUGGGCAUUUGAGGUAAAUUUGUGAUCCCCUUUUGCUAAUUUUAGCUUAUGUUUUCUCUGUACAAUACGUUUUUAAGCUCUAGAUGAUUGUAUUUGAUGCUGACUUUAGCUGAUAUUUUUCUGUAUAAUGCUGUUUUCAAGUUCUAUAUGCUUGUAUUUGAUCCCCUUUUGCUAAAUUUAGCUGAUAUUCUCUGUUUUUUUUACCUAAAUAUGUUUCUAAGUUCUAUAUGAUUGUAUUGUAGAAUUUAUUUUGACUCGAAUUGUAUUGUGGUGGUUAAUUGUAUAUGCAUCUUAUAAUUGUUGUUACUUGGAUAUUAUACUGCUUUCAGAUAUCUUUCAAUCCCCUUUGUUUCCCUUUAUAAUCCAUCCAAGCUUUCAAGUUUUGAUUUUAGUAGAACUUGAAUUAACCGUUUACUUCUGUUAUCCCUGUUGGUUAUCGAGGAUUUGAUUCUAGUGCUGUACGGGAGUAGAGUAGUUGGUGAGCAGUUUUCUAUUUGGCUCGAUAUAAUAUUAAUUCUUUGGGCUCCAAUGUUGGAAAGCUGGGCUAGUUAAGAUAUGGAUAUAAGUAAUGAGGCCAACGUUGAUUCAUUCAAAAUUGGGCCUUCCACUAUUUUGGGACGGACAAUUGCUUUUAGAGUAUUAUUUUGCAAGUCAAUGUCACACUUGAGGCACCAAUUCUUACAUAUGGUGAUAUAUUUUAUGCAUAGACUUAAAUAUAGUGUGAUGAAAUAUGUGAUACCCAUGAUAUCGUGGCUUCAUCCUCGUAAUCCACAAGGCAUUUUGGUAUUUGUGACAUUAAUUGCUUUCAUUCUGAAAAGAUACACUAAUGUAAAAACAAAGGCUGAAAUGGCUUACCGUAGAAAAUUUUGGAGAAAUAUGAUGAGAGCAGCCUUAACUUAUGAGGAAUGGGCUCAUGCUGCUAAGAUGCUUGAUAAGGAGACACCAAAAAUGAAUGAGUCGAACUUAUAUGAUGAAGAACUUGUUAGGAAUAAACUUCAAGAGCUGCGCCACCGUCGUCAAGAAUGUUCCCUGAGAGAUAUAAUAUUUUGCAUGCGUGCUGACCUGGUUAGAAAUCUUGGAAAUAUGUGCAACCCAGAGCUUCACAAGGGAAGGCUUCAAGUUCCCAGGCUCAUCAAGGAAUACAUUGAUGAGGUUUCAACACAGUUGAGAAUUGUUUGCGACUCGGAUUCAGAGGACCUUUUGUUGGAGGAGAAGCUGGCUUUUAUGCACGAGACAAGACAUGCUUUUGGGAGGACAGCUUUGCUUUUAAGUGGGGGUGCUUCACUUGGAGCAUUUCACGUUGGCGUGAUUAAAACAUUAGUAGAGCAUAAGCUUAUGCCUCGCAUAAUUUCUGGGUCGAGUGUGGGAUCUAUCAUGUGUGCUGUUAUUGCUACCAGGUCUUGGCCUGAGAUUCAAAGCUUUUUUGAGGAUUCUUGGAGCUCCCUGGAGUUUUUUGACCAGAUGGGUGGGGUUUUUGCAGUUUUUAAGAGAGUUACGACACAAGGUGCUGUUCAUGACAUCAGACAACUGCAGAUGAUGUUAAGACUUCUCACAAACAAUCUUACAUUCCAGGAAGCUUAUGACAUGACUGGUCGAGUUCUAGGGAUCACAGUAUGCUCCCCAAGAAAACACGAACCUCCUAGAUGCCUCAACUACUUGACUUCACCUCAUGUUGUUAUAUGGAGUGCAGUGACUGCCUCUUGUGCCUUUCCCGGCCUGUUUGAAGCUCAAGAACUAAUGGCGAAGGAUAGAAGUGGGGAGAUUGUCCCUUAUCAUCCUCCAUUUCAUCUGGGACCUGAAGAGGGUUCAGCUGCAUCUGGACGCAGAUGGAGGGAUGGCAGCUUGGAGAUCGAUUUACCCAUGAUGCAACUAAAAGAGCUCUUUAAUGUCAAUCAUUUUAUUGUCAGUCAGGCAAAUCCUCAUAUUGCCCCUUUGUUAAGACUGAAAGAGGUUGUGAGAGCUUAUGGAGGGAACUUUGCUGCUAAGCUCGCCCAUCUAGUUGAGAUGGAAGUCAAACACAGAUGCAACCAGAUACUUGAACUUGGGUUUCCCUUGGGAGGACUUGCCAGGCUUUUUGCUCAAGAGUGGGAAGGUGAUGUCACUGUUGUAAUGCCUGCCACUCUAGCUCAGAUUUCAAAAAUUAUUCAGAAUCCUACACUUGCGGAGCUUCACAAGGCAGCCAACCAAGGUAGAAGGUGCACUUGGGAGAAGCUCUCAGCCAUAAAAGCCAAUUGCGGAAUUGAGCUAGCUCUUGAUGAAUGUGUUGCAAUACUGAAUCACAUGCGUCGUUUAAAGAGGAGUGCAGAGAGAGCCACUGCUGCUUCACAAGGUUUAGCCAGCACGGUUAAAUUUAAUGCUUCCAAAAGAAUUCCUUCGUGGAACUGCAUGGCACGAGAGAACUCGACAGGGUCCCUUGAAGACUUUUUGCAAGAUGCUGCUUCCUCACUCCAUCAAGGAGUAGCUGGAUCUCCAGGACCCUCUGGCCGGAAUUGGCGGAGCCCCCGUAACAUGCUUGAUGGUAGUGACAGUGAAUCGGAGACUGCAGAUCUCAAUUCUUGGACGAGGUCUGGAGGUCCCUUGAUGAGGACGGCUUCAGCUGAUAAGUUCGUAGAUUAUGUACAGAACUUGGAAAGAAAUUCUAAGAUUAACCAGGGAACAGUACCUUUUCCCAACACCUUGAGUCAAGCUGUGAGCAGGGAUCCACAUUAUAAAAACCUAAGGGUGACAACACCAGAAAGAAGCUUAGAAGUUGACCCUGAUCACAGAGUUCCCGGAAGCAAUUCUAGCAUUUUGGUGGCGGAGGGGGACCUUUUGCAGCCUGAAAGGAUGCUCAAUGGGAUAAUGUUUAACAUCGUAAAGAAAGAAGAGUUGACCUCACCACAGAGGAGUCGAGAUAUAGACUCGGUUGAAGAAUGUGUACAAAUAGAUUGCCCGGACAAGGAGACAGAUGCAAGCUCUACAUCUGAAUACGGUGAUGAUGCCAAUGCAAACCAACUGGAUUCAAAAGAUACGAUAUAAUGGUGAUUUUAGAUUAUUGAGGAUCAUUCUCUAGAGCUCAAUUUAUGUUUUCUUUUAGAUGGAUGUGCUUCAAUGCUGUAUGCUGGAAAGGUAAAGUGAGAAGGAGAAGGGCGAAGGUGGCAAUGAGGCAGGCGAUGGAGGAAAAUGAGGUGGGAAAACGGAGGGAAAUAAGGUGCACACAGAACAGAGCAUGCUCUGACGGCAAGAGCCUGGUUAUGUGUCAAAGUUCUUAUUUGCAUGCUCCCGAGUUGUUUAGGAUGAGAAUCCUAACACUUCUUUGUUAUGCGAGUAGGAAUUGUGGUUAAGUUCAGUAUGUUUGAAAAAUUGUAUACGAAAUUGGGAGGACAUGGGCUUGGUACAGUAUUUGAAGUAUGAGAUUUGUUAUUUAUUUUACAGGAUACAAGAUAUGAUAUGGUGGAUGGGGUGUUUUUCAGGAAA